AAGUUCUCCAUCAGAGACGGCUGUGGAGAGGCAGGACGCGGACGCGCAGGUUUAGUGACACCAGUACACACACUUGGAGAAAAAAAAAUCACAUUCUGAAACUGGAUGAAGAAGAACACUGACCAUGGAUGCUUUUCUGUCGUAUUUGCGCAACUUUUCGGAUGUUCUAUUGUUUAUUUCUGCACUAGCCUGGUAACCUGCAGUAACUUACAUGAUAUAUAUAUAUUAUUUUUCUUGUAUGCCUCAUUUACAGAAAAAUGUCUCUGAAUCAAUUUGACUGACCAUAUUUUUUUUCGAGAUGGUUCACGACCUUGGACGCAUGAUGCAAAAAUGUUUUGUUGUAAAAACAGUAUGAGGAUAGAAAAGUGCUCUGGGCUGAUAUGAGAAUUAAAUAUAAAAAGCACCAGUCCGUGUGCCUUUCCUGUCUGCUAUGGAGCACUUCAACCCUCCUCCAACAAAUUAUGUCUUGGAAACGAAUGUCUCCACCAAUGCUUCGGAUGCGUCAAAAACUGCCGCAAAAGAGACAAGUCUGGCUUUCCAGGCGACUGUAGGCUCGGUUCUCGGUGCCAUUACGCUCGCCACGACUCUCUCCAACGCGUUCGUGAUCGCGACCAUUUCCCGAUCGAGGAAACUGCACACGCCUGCCAACUUCCUAAUCGCGUCCCUGGCGCUCACCGACCUCCUUGUGUCCGUGCUGGUGAUGCCCGUGAGUGCGCUCUACACAGUGAGCCGCACGUGGACGCUGGGCCAAGUCGUGUGCGACAUCUGGCUGUCGUCGGACAUCACCUGUUGCACGGCAUCUAUACUUCACCUGUGCGUUAUCGCCUUGGAUCGUUACUGGGCUAUCACGGACGCGGUGGAGUACGCGAAAAGGCGCACGACAAGCCGCGCGGCUGCCAUGGUGGCCACAGCCUGGGUGAUCGCCAUCUCCAUCAGUCUGCCUCCGUUUUUCUGGCGCCAGGUGAAAGCGGGAGCGGUAACGAGCUGCGAGGUGAACACGGACCACCUCUUUUACACCAUUUACUCUACGUUCGGCGCUUUCUACAUCCCUACACUUUUACUCAUCGCCCUGUACGGGAGGAUCUACGUGGAGGCCAGGCGGCGGAUCUUAAGACAGUCGCCCAAAAAGUUUGGUAAGAGACUCACCUCCGCGCAGUUAGUCUCAAACUCACCAGGUUCGACGUCUUUGACCUCGGCAAGGCAGGACGACGCAGGCUCGGUGAUCAGCGACAGCCAGAUCAAAAUCACCGUUUCCGACUCUCUUUUGGAGAAAAAGAGGAUUUCUGCGGCCAGAGAAAGGAAAGCCACAAAAACGCUGGGCAUCAUUUUAGGAGCGUAUAUAGUUUGCUGGCUGCCGUUCUUUAUCUACACCCUGCUGGUGCCCCUGUGCCCUUCAUGCCAGGCGUACCCAGAGUUAUUCGACUUCUUUACGUGGCUUGGCUACCUCAACUCUCUCAUCAAUCCCAUCAUAUACACAAUGGCGAACGAUGACUUUAAAACGGCUUUCCAAAAGCUCAUAAGCUUUCGAUUUUGUGUGUCCUGAUGUGCAAAUUCGGGCGGAAAAAAGCACUGAUGCUGGAUUAAAUCAACAUUCAGUCAAAGAGUGGGGCGUCUUCUUAUCCGACUUAUGCAUCAUCCUGUUCAAACAGUAGACAACAAAGCAUGCAGCAGUAUUGUGUGUGUGUGUGUGUGUGUGUGUUUCAGUGUUGCAUUGUGGUUAUUUUGCAUUUUUUAAAAAUCACGGUAAAUAGCUAUUAUAUCAUUGCUGCUAAGCAACCGGCGAAUAUUGAAAUGAACUAAAUCACUGGUCGCUGAAUCAUCGGUGCAGCUACAAUGCAAUGUAUUAUUUUCUUCCAUCAUUUCAUCCAUCCUUGUUUUCCAGUGUCCUUGCUUGAUACGUUUCUAAUAGAUAAAUAUUCGAACAGUUCAAUCAAGUCUAGUGGCAAAUAAGACAAUAUUAGAGAAUUCACAUCAGGACCAGGAUGUUUAACAUCCGUUACUGAAUAAGAAAAAAAAAAUGAAUUCAUAACUCAAGUUAACUGUUUUCCCAUCUGUAAACAGUGUUUUUCAUAUGUGUGUUGAUUCAGUUUGGCCUGUGUGUAUUGAAUUAAAAUGUCAGCAAAUCAGCUUAAUUCAAUGAGAAGUCAUAUUAUCCCAGACAGUCCUCAACAAUGUAAUAUCAAGACUAUUGUCUUUAAUCAUGAGACACCAGAAAAGGGAUGCACAAUCUAUCUAGAAUGUAUCAGUGAAGUAAUCCAUAAUCCAUAAUUACUACAUAUAAAAUUCACCGAUCAUUGUGUGCACAGAAAAUGAAAACUAUGUUUCUGAAAAAUAAAUAUUGUUUAUUCCGUUUAUUAAACUUGCCAUUGGAUAAAUCAGUUACUGGGUUUUUUUUUUGUUUGUUUUUUUGUUUUUUUUACUAUAGAUUCAGUUAGCUGGCCUUGAAAUCUCACUUGGCAAAUGACACCACAGGUUAAGUCAAGUUGCAGGCCUGCCAAACACAAAUGGAAAUCGACCGAAAAUCCUUGAUGUAAUAGUUGUUAUUUAAGCCAUUCCUUGAAGCUUUUUUGAUGUGGAUUGUGCAAAAGGUUACAGAGCUCGAGUUUCAGACUCAUGCUGUUAUAUAUAGGCUAAGUAAACUCAGUGCAUUGCAAUAAUGCAAGCGGUUCUACUUUCAGUAUCACACUCAGAUCUAAAGAGCACUAUUAAGCUUUCUGCUGUAAGAGAACAAGAAGAAAGCAACAAUCUAAAGAGUCUAAGCCAUUAAACUGCACUAGUGACUCCUAUGUCCUUCCCCAAAUAUCCCAGAUUUUCUUAUUCAAAAUUCAAAAUUCUAAAGGUAUAAAUAUGCUUGUUAUGGAAAUAGGGG